AUGUCGAAACAGGAUAAACAUUGCACAGCUGUCGACUUCGCGAGCUACAAGGAAUUGUUUGUGAAUCAACCACACCAGGCGCCUUUGAGCAGGCAACCAGAACGACUUGAUUUGCCCGCUCAACCAGGUAAAAAUUCGAGCCCCAAAAUAGGCAAAGCACUGCCGGCCCGGGGCAAGCAUACACGAAAAGUUGUGAGUGGGGGCACGAAAGACUUCGGUCUACCUCAAUUGUGUGGGGAAAAUGAAUAUCGCCGCUUGGUUGUAAGAAAGGAAUCGCCUUGGGACUCAUUUCGCCGCUGCCUUCGCUGUAAUCUGGCAGGUGAGGUAUUCAUUGUCGCUCGCCGUUCACGCCCUUCGCAAGUGGUUGCUAUUCGGGAGUAUACGAAAGGAGAUGUAAAUAAAAUGCUUCAGUGGUAUGAAACCCUCGACCAUGAUAAUCUGUUAUCUGCUAGGGAAUGCUUUGUGGAUGGCGGGUCUAUGUACGCUCUAGUUGAUGACCUUCCGCUCACUUUGGAGCAACUCGUGGGAUGUCGGACUACGUUCCCCACCGAGACGGAAUUGGCUUCCAUGAUUUGGCAGAUUUUGAAUGGUCUCUGUUAUCUCAGCAGUAAAUCACUAAAGCAUCAAUGUUUAACAAGUCGACAUAUACUCCUUGGCCUUGAUGGUGUCGUUAAAAUCGGCAUGUACCUCGAAACUCACUGUCGGCAUUAA